AUGUAUGCAAAUAACCCUGAAUUAUUAAUGGCUCAAGAUCGUGAUGGAUAUACUGCUCUUCACCGUGCUGCUUAUAAUGACAGGAUAGAAAUUUGUAAAUGGUUAUUAGAAAAAGAUCCUGAAAUUCGAACAUGUGAUGGUUGGACGGCUUUGCAUUGUGCUGCUUUUUGGGCAAAUUAUGAAGUUGUCGCAAUUCUUUUAAGGCAUGGUGUUGAUGUGAAUAGCAAAAUUGUUCCUUUACAUCUGGCAAUUAAUUCUUCAAGUGAAGAUAAACAUAAGCAGUAUCUAACUGUUAAAUAUUUACUUGAAGCUCCAGGUGUUGAAAUGAAUGCCGUUAAUGGUGCUGGUGAUAGUCUUUUAGAUUUAGCCAGAAGAACUCGUUCUGAUAUUCUUGAAUUGCUUAAAAGUUUUAUGAAAUAA